AUGGCCUUUGCCCUGCAAAGGUACCCCCAGGAGGCGUCCACCAUGCGACUACAGGUGAAAUGCCCCUGUGAGGAGCUGGCCUCCAGCUCCCGGCCAGGAGCUCAGGGUCGCGCGCGGCGCCCGCCGCAGACAAUACGCCUGCCGGCUGGAGCGCCCCGCACGCUGCCGCGAUCGCCCCCGCCGCCACCGACGCGAGGUGAGUCCGAGCCCUCCCGCCGCUGCCGUGACCCCAGCCCCGCUGCCCAGCGCCCCUCCGCCCAGCCCGAGCCCGGCAGAGAAGAAAUGUCUCAAGCAGGACCCUUCUCCAGGGACCUCUUUCUGGACACCUUCCUGCAUGAGCAUGGCCCGGAGGCGCCGGAGGUUCCCGGCAUGACCGAUCUCACGGAGUCUUCCCCUCACAGUGACAACCCCGACUACGUGGCCAUGCGGCUGGCCUUCAUCGGGGACGAGAUGGAAGUGAGAUGGACGCUGCCCCACAUCGCCGAGCUGCCCGGGGUGGCCGUGUACAGCCUGGCUUUCACCUACAACCAGACAGGCCUGAGGGGCGUUCUUAGAAGUUUUAUGGAUGGUCUCACUAACCUCAGGGAGAACAUAAGGUUCUGGAGCUUACUGACCCGCAGGGACAGGGUGUCCCCCGGCCGGCGACGCGGGCUGGCGCUGCCCAUGCUGCUGCUGCUGCUGCUGCUGCUGCUGCUGGGCUGGGGGCGCCACCUCCUCCAGUGACGCCGCUGCCGGCCAGCGUGGGGCGGGGCCGGUCCCCUCCCCUCGACCACCACCCUGGAGGUGGCCUUGUUGGUUUUGUUGUCUUUUUAACUGUUUUCUGAUGAUCCUUUUUUUAUAUUUAAACUCUGAGUGCUGGGACACUUACCGAGGUUUCAUACUAGUUUUUUCUCGUUUUUUGUAAGAGAAAUGAAUUCACUGUACCUCUGGGGUGGUUACUGGUUAACUGCCCGGCCGAGGCCUGGCUGGGCCUGCUCUCCUGGCCCCAGCCCACCCUGCAGCGGCCUGUCCGAGGAGCUUCCUCUCUUGGUGGGUCGUGUGCAGGGCCAGGGGUAGUGCUGGCCACACCCCGAUGUCGGUGACGCCCAUGGCAAAGAGGAAAUCUGCUGGAAUAGAUUUCUGAGGGGUGGGGAGAGCUCAAUAAAAUGUUGGUUUCCA